AGCUGCAUCAGAAUGUGGAGAUUCCUGAUUGUGAUUGCUGUGUUUAUUGAAACUACGGAAGGGGCGGAGAAAUUAGAGGUUUCGCUUAGAGAGGGGGAUCCCUGUCCCAGUAUAAACAACUAUCCCGAAAGCAGUUGUCGGAAGAACUGCUCCUCGAUGAUCCAGAGCCACAUUCUCCGGGAGACUCUAACCGAGGAGAAUGUGGUGCAGUGCAACGAGAUGGAGAAGCUGAUCUGCUGUCCCAAUCAACCGCCGCAGGAUCCCUCCAUUAUACCCACGAUCCCUCCUAAAAGUCCAGGAAAUUCCAGUUCCGAGUUGGAUCCCCAAACACUUUAUCCCCACAUGGGAUCGUUCCGAUAUCUUAAUGCCAUCACCCUGGACUCGUAUCUUUAUCGCUGUGCAGCUCUGAUCGUCAAGCAGAAUUUGGUUCUCACUUCGGCCUAUUGUGCGGGUUUGGAAGACGUUGUGGAAAUGCCAAACCGCUUUCGUCUCGGCCUUGUUAAUCCCUUUCAGGAAGAACUUCCCACCAAAAAUAGCUAUGUUCAUAACGAUGACCUCGUCCUGUUUGGGCUGACUGGUAAUUUUAAAAUGGAGGCAGUGGCCAAAAUCUGCAGGCAGCAGGAUAUAGACAGCUGUCGAAAGCUGGUGGCUGUGGGUUUCGCCCAAAAAGAUGAUGUCAACUGUGAGUGGUUUGAGCAGGAGGUGUCGUUGAAGCCCUUUGGCGAAUGCAAUGUGGUAACCACCUUGAAGGUCGACGGGGAGUCGCACCUCUGUGUUUACCCCAUAAACACGCCGGAAGUCACGAAGGGAUCCUGUUUCCGGUGCCUGCGAGCCGGAGCGAGUGUCCUCCACGCGAUCCAAGCGGAUGGCAGUGUGUGUGCGGCCGGAGUGGCCACGCCCACCGGAGGCGGAUGCUAUAACAUCGGCAGGGCCGAUCUCCACUAUACCAGUUUGGUCAAUCAGUCGGCGUUGGACUUCAUCAAUGGAAGUCAUUAAAAUGAGUGAUAAUCCAGUGGAAUAAACUAAGAUGAAAUUGA